AUGUGGUGCCUCCUCAUGCUGCUGUGCUCCCAAGGAAUUGCUUUUUCAGCAGGAUUCACUACACCCUCCACUCUGAAUUCAGACACAAGCAACCGCAGGAAGACUCGCAACCCUGAAUGCUUCAUGAACGUUAGUGAAAUUAUCAGAUAUCAUGGAUUCCCCAGUGAGGAAUAUGAAGUUACCACAGAGGAUGGAUACAUUCUUGCUGUUUUCAGAAUUCCUGCUGGGAGAAACAGCCAAAAUACAGGUCAAAAGCCUGUAGUCUUCCUACAGCACGCUUUUCUUGGAGAUGCUACCCACUGGAUUUCUAACUUGCCCAACAACAGCUUGGGCUUCCUCCUUGCAGAUGCUGGUUAUGAUGUCUGGAUCGGAAAUAGCCGAGGGAACACUUGGUCUACAAAACACAAGACCCUUAAACCCUGCCAGAAAGAGUUCUGGCAGUUCAGCUUUGAUGAAAUGGGUAAAUACGAUAUCCCAGCAGAGCUGUAUUUCAUCAUGAAUAAAACUGGACAAAAGGAUGUAUACUACAUUGGUCACUCGGAAGGCACAACAGCAGGCUUCAUAGCAUUUUCUACGUACCCUGAGUUAGCUAAACGGGUGAAACUGUUCCUUGCUCUGGGGCCAGUAAUGGUAUGCUCACAUGCUACAAGCCCUUUGGUUAAGAUAGCAAAAGUUCCUGAACCACUGAUCAGGUUAACACUUGGCUGCAAAGGAGCCUUUCACCAGAUUGGAUUUCUGAAAGGACCUGUGACACAGUUAUGUACAAGCCUGGAUAAGCUGUGUGGCUAUAUUCUCAAUUACAUAGCUGGAGGCAAUAUAAAAAACCUGAAUACGAGCCGAAUAGAUACAUACGUAGGACAUUCACCUGCUGGAACGUCAGUACAAAACGUUAUUCAUUGGCAUCAGCUAGCGUAUACAGACCAAUUUCGUGCUUAUGACUAUGGCUCUAAGGAAAACAUGAAGAAAUACAACCAGUCUACUCCUCCUGAGUACAAGAUAGAGAAGAUAAUCAUACCAACUGCUGUUUGGAGUGGUGGAGAUGACAAAUUUGCAGACCCAAAAGACAUGGCAAAGCUACUUCCCAGGAUUUCUAAUCUUAUUUACCAUGAUCAUUUUCCUGGAUGGGGACAUCUUGAUUUCAUCUGGGGCCUUGAUGCAACAGAGAAAAUGUAUAGCAAAAUCUUUGAACUAAUGAAAAAAUACUUGUGAAACCACAUGGAAAGUGUUCAAUCACCUGGUAAAAAUUUCCAGCAUUUCUGUUUGGCAGUAAGUGGGGAGAGGUAAACACACAAAUACACGUAAUGGAUAGCAGUACAGGUACUUAUCUGCACUUGUUCCUUGGUUCCUCACAAGAUCAAGGUUUUCUGUGGUGUGACUGCUGUCUUCCUGAGAAAUCUGAAGUGUGUAACAACUCUGUCGUUCCCGUGUUUGUCUCACGUACCCCACAGAGGCAUUCCUAUGCCAAAUUUGUCUUCACAAGAAGACUCAAGAGUGGAAUUUGCUCAUUUCUCUGUUGAAGUAAGACUGACCUCUGUUUACAUUAAACCAUUUAUCCACUUGACAGA